AUGGGCGGCCACGUAAACGUAUUGGACGAUGUCCUCAUAUCAAACUGUAACCAACAUGGACCAGGCCAGCCUCGCACAACCGAGCCCGCAAAGCUAAAUCCAAGCAGUGCCGCCCGCCUACCUCCGUUCGUCUCUCCGGGCGCUCCUCUCCCAAGGCCCCGGGAUCCAGAAACUCUUCGUCGAACACGCCCGUUCGCGCCUCCAAGAAACACCGCCCCAGCUCACAGAGGCCGCCAAGCUGUUUCCAGCCCACGACACAUGCUCCCCAGAAUGCAUCGAGUAUCUUGCCCUCACGAGAUGCCUGUUCUCGUCGAAGCUCGCCAGCGAAUCCCUCACCUAGUACGCCCCCCCCUCUGCUUCUCUUCCUCGACCAUCAAAUGUCUAACCUGCCCGCCCAUCAGCUUGACACACUUUGUCGACUCCGUCAUCCAAGCACGCGCCUCAUGGACGGCCCAAUCCCCCCUCUCCCAGAACGUGGACAAAUUCGCCGGCGACACCGUCCAGGCCAUGCAGGCGCUCAAAGAGUCGGCGCCCGAGAAGAGCACCAAGCUCAAGGAAGACCUGCAAGCGCUGCUGGCCAGCUUCGCAUCCUGCCAGACGUACUGCGCCAGCUCGAGGCUCGAGUACCCCUUCGGCCGGGCGGAGAGACAGGCCAGGGACACGCUGCAGCUCUUCUUUGCCGACGCCGCCGCCAUCCAACAGGCGUCGUCCACCCACGGGGACCGCAUCAUCCACCUCGCCUCGCCGCCCGCCGGGGCCGUUGAGAAGUUCACCCUGGGAAACAGACGCUUGCCACGCCUCUUCAACGGCCUCUGGCAGCUGUCCUCGCCCGCCUUCGGGGUCGGCAACUGGCACCAGCAGCAGCGGAAGCUCGUGAAGCUGGUCGAGGCGGGCCUGGUCGCCGCCGACAUGGCCGACCACUACGGGGAUGCGGAACUCGUCUACGGCGAUUUCCGCAACAGACUCCCCGCGGCGACGCAGGCCGAACUGUACGCCGCCACAAAGUGGUGCGUCUUCAAGCCGCUCAACACGCCCGUCACCACAGAGCGGGCGCGUAGACUUGCUCCAAUUCCACUGGUACGACGUACGUCUGUUCUCCUUCUCACCCCCUUUUCUCCCGAAAGCCAAACCGCCGUGUUCACCAACGUCCAGUACGAAGCAAAAGAAUACCUCCAGAUACUCCACGAACUCAUCGGCAUCACGAAAUCCCACCCCGAGUACCUAUCCGCCGUGGGCCUGUGCAAUUUCGACGCAGAGCACACCGACGAGAUAUGCAGGUACCUGAUGGACAAGACGGGCGAGGUGGGCAUCGUAUCGAACCAAGUACAAGUACGCCCCCCUGCACCUACUACUGAUCUCCGUUUCCGUCCCAUCUACAGGAAAACGGACCAGCUGACAGAAGCAGUUCUCGCCCAUCGACACCCGCCCCUUGAUGGGCAUGACGCAAGUCUGCGAGCGGUACAACCUCAAACUCCUCACCUACGGCUCCCUGGUGCGUUCCUCAGCCCCCCCGCCCAAAAAAGCAACAAGGCAACCUCCCUCACAAGAAGACCAAGCCUCGUCAGAAACAACGGGCAGCUAACGUCCUCCCUUUCCCCCCCAAAAAAGUGCGGCGGCCUCCUGACGGAGAAGUGGCUGAACCAACCACCGCCAGACAUAUACUCGCCCUCGAACCCUCUCAACCCGUCGCAGCGCAAGUACCUCGACAUGAUCAACCACUGGGGCACGUGGCAGGAGUUCCAGUCCCUCCUGGGCACGCUGUCUCUCCUCGCGACAAAGUACAACGUGAGCAUUGCCGACGUCGCGAGCCGGUGGGUGUUGCAGCAGCCGUCCGUGGGUGCCGUCCUCGUCGGGACGAGAUUAGGCGUGUCGGAUCGCUGCGCCGAUGCGCUCCACGUGUUUGGAUGGAACUUGAGCAAUGCCGACAUCAUGGCCAUUGAUGCGUUUGCGCAUGGCAACAACGGCGAGAAGCUGCAUGCCGUCUAUCAGAAGAUUGGCGAUUGCGGACAGGAAUAUAGAGGCAUGAGGGCGUAA